UGCAAUUAUGGUUCAUAGUAUUGAUCGAUUUCUGUCCGAACACAUAAAAACGCGGCUUCUGAUCAAAGAUUAGUUCGAAUUAUUCCUAUGAGUGCGCGCAGCUGGUAACGAAUAUAAGCCUAGUUAAUGUUAAACAAAUGCAGUAUUGAUUCAGUGCUACCGGUGCUCAUGUUUCGAGGGCGUAAAUAACGUUUGUCGAACCAUUACUCUGGCUGGAAAGGAUCGUUCAGUUCUUCGACAAUAGCGUAUUUUACGUAUAUGCACUCUGGGAUGAUUUGGCCAUUAUUCGAAGAUUCCCUUAUUCGGCUUUACCAAAACAGCAUCGUUUAUCAUAGAUUUGUCUGCUAGUUUCAAGCAUAAUAGAUCUAUACCUCUGAAGUCGACAUAAAAUAUGCCGUCAUCAAAUGCCGAACUGAUCAAAUGUGGAAAACGAGAGAGCUAUGCUGCAUGGAUGUGUUUGUUGUAUUACAUCGUGGGAUUAUGGGCGGCUAUGUCUGUCCUAGUGAAGGGUGGAGCUUUGUCAGAGGAUCGGCCUGCCGUGGCCUUCUGUCAAACUAGCAGCAAAGACUUCGCCCAGCUCCUGAUAGCUGGGUUUCAAGCGGCAGACCCGAGCAGAGGUGGAUCGAAUAGCAUCACGCUCAGAAACCUGAGCAUCUCGAUUCCGAUGUUCAAAAUUCGUGAAAUUGAAUUGAAAAAUACACAAAAUUUCUUCGUCAAUGAAGACUCAACCAUCACGUGCGACGAGAACGACAUUAAAGUGAAUCUAAGUUUUGGUAUGCGAGAUCCUGAAAUUAUUCUAAAAGAGAAGCCUGGAUCAACUGGAACCUUUUCUGUAACCUUGUCGUACUUCGAGGCAGAAGCAAUAGUCACGUUGCCGCGUAGAGAUACGAAAAUUAUUGUGGACGCGAUCAAUAUCCUUCGGAUGGAUCAUAUCAAAGUUGAGGUGAAAGAAAACAGCAGAAUCAACAGUGAUACGAUAAACAAUUUACUUAAAAACAUACCUAAAAGGACGCUUACAUCAGUGAUUUCAAAAUACAUGACGAAAGCCGUUCAGGACUAUCUUUAUAGCAAUCCUUUCGGGAUAUAGCUUGCUCGGUGAAGUUCCGCGUUCCGAUUUCAGGACGAUGCGACUUGUUUGUGUUGGCCCAAUUUCACCUGUUAGUUAGGUGAUUAAUAAAAUAUUAAUGCAAAAGUCGA